CCUAGUGGUCACGUGAUCAUAUGUAGGCGCACAUUAAUUCUUGUUCACGCGACUCGUGUCGCCUAUGCAAGUCAACCCACGUGUCUGACCAUGCCAGUGGCCAAUAGCGCAACAGUGCGCUGCGGAUUGACAGACAAGAAACGGUAAUAAGAGUUUUAAUCCGACAUAAAAACAAAAAACGGCAUGUUGUUUGUCCUGAAAUCUCUUCACAUUUGUCAACAAAAUAUUAACGGAAAUCUGUUUGGAUUAUACAUUGAACUCCAAGUCAACGUUGGUAUUGUUACGUGGAUUAUAAUGUGUCGGUGAAUUCAUUUUUGGGGGGAUAAACGGUUCUCUGUGCCUUUUGAUUAUAUCUGUUGCCAACAGUUGUUGCGCUCCCGACGGGAUCCUGGAUCAUUUCCAUGGCGGAUAGAUCGACCAUGUCCGAGCAGGACAAGCAUUUGAUGGAGAAAGAGAUUUGUUCGGAUUCGGAAACCGCUGACUGCGUGGAAGAAACGUUUGUCUUCGGAGAGGAUCUGGAGCUGAACCGAUUUGAUGGAUUGCCUUUCUCCUCUCGUUAUUAUAAACUACUGCAAGAGAGACAGUCUCUACCUGUUUGGAAAGCUAGAGAGGAAUUUUUGGAUAUCCUGGUGAACAAUCGACUUGUUAUAGUAUCUGGUACAACUAAAACUGGGAAAAGUACACAGAUCCCCCAGUGGUGUGCAGAGUUCUGCCUGUCGGCCCAGUACCAGCACGGCGUGGCUGUGUCUACCCAGAUCCACUCACAGCAGGCGGUGAGCCUGGCCCUCAGGGUGGCCGAUGAGAUGGACGUCAACAUCGGACAUGAAGUGGGCUACACCAUGCCCCUGGAGACCUGCUGUUCUACUGACACUGUGCUCAGGUUCUGUACAGAUGCCCUGCUACUGAGGGAGAUGAUGUCUGACCCCAUGUUGGAGCACUAUGGGGCCAUCGUCAUCGACCAGGCCCAUGAGAGAACCGUCAGCACAGACAUACUGCUGGGACUGCUCCAGGACAUCCUGGUCCAUAGACCAGACCUGAGGGUGGUGAUCCUGACUGUGUCCUCCAUGACAGACAGGCUCCUGGCCCACUACGGUAGUAACGUCCCUGUGGUCAGUCUGGAAGCCCUCUGUCCAGCUGAGGUGGUCUACAGUAACUGUAGUAGUAAAGACUACUUCUACUCUGCUCUGAGACUGGUACUGGAGAUCCACCGCACCAAGGAGGAGGGAGAUGUGGUGCUGUUCUUGGCCUCAGCUCAGGAGGUUGUCUGUGCCCGUGCUAUCCUCCAGAGAGAGGGAACCAGACUGGGGGCAGACCUUGGGGAGCUGGUGCCCGUGGUCUUGUGCCCUGGGCAUGGUCGGACACCCCCUCUCCUGGGGGAGGGGAUGGGGAGUAGGGGAACCGUUACGACCAGUUGCCGGAGGGUUUUCCUCUCCACAAGCCAGGGAGAGGACAUGUUCUGGGCUGUGGACUCUGUUAACUUUGUCAUCGACGUAGGACUGGAGAAAAGACAUGUGUAUCAUCCCAGGUUAAGGGCCACCUCUGAAGUACUACGAUCCAUCAGCAGAUACCAGGCUGAUAUCAGGAAGCAGCUGAUUGGACCAACAGGUACUGAUAUCAGGAAGCAGCUGAUUGGACCAACAGGUACUGAUAUCAGGAAGCAGCUGACUGGACCGACAGGUACUGAUAUCAGGAAGCAGCUGAUUGGACCGACAGGGAAGUGUUUCUGCCUGUACCCUAAGGAAAGAGUACUCCCCGUAGAGACAUCCCCUCAGAUCCUGGACGCCAACCUCACCUUCACCAUCCUCUUCCUCAAGAGGAUGGAGAUCGCAGGGCUGAGACACUGUGACUUCAUCACCAGACCAGAUCCAGAGGGUCUGAUGCAGUCGCUAGAGGAGCUGGAUUACCUCGCGGCAUUGGACGACGAUGGGAACCUAUCAGAGAUCGGGAUCAUAAUCUCUGAGUUGCCAUUGGACGCUCAGAUGGCCAAGGCUCUGCUGGCGUCCUGUGAGUUUGAUUGUGUGAAUGAGGUGGUGACCAUCGCAGCUAUGCUAUCAGCGCCAAGCUGCUUCCUGGAGCCACCUGUUGGCAGGACCCAAGAGGUACAACAGUGUCACAGAAAGUUCCGGCACCCUGAGGGAGACCACUUCACCCUCAUCAACAUCUACAACGCCUUCAAGUACAGCCAGAGAGAGACAUACUUCGGCGUAGAGAAGUGGUGUCAGGACUACCAUCUGAACCACCGCGCCCUUCAGACGGCAGACGCCAUCAGGUCAGAGUUGACUGACAUCCUGAAGAGAAUAGAGCUGCCCAUCUCCGAGACGUCCUUCGGAACCAAGACCAACACACUCAACAUCAAGAGAGCUCUGCUGGCAGGGUUCUUCAUGCAGAUUGCCCGUGAUGUGGAUGGUUCAGGAAACUACUUCAUGCUGACCAACAGACACAUGGCUCAGGUCCACCCUGCCUCCAGCUAUGGGGCCAAGGCACAUCAAUUGGGUUUUCCAGAGUGGGUGCUGUUCCAUGAGUAUACUCUCUCGGGAAACCACGGUAUCCGGACAGUCUCUGAAAUCUCCCCUGCAGUGUUCAUCCAGACGGCUCCUCAGUAUUUCUAUUACAACCUGCCUCCUAGUGAGAGUAAAGACCUACUACAGCACAUUCUGGACCGGGACGGAUCUGGACGCAAAGACAAGCAACAGACCCUGACAAUCAACAGUGAAGCCGCUCAGUCUUAUGACAGAUGUGUGCUACAGUGACCUCUGGUGGAGAACUUCAGCACUGCACCGACUUUUACUGAAAAGACAAUCAUCGUUGAUGAGAACAGCGCUCCUCGGGGAAGUCCCCAGACUUUUCACAAUGUUGUUGUAGCCCUGAACUAAUGUCACCUGAUUGACUCAGUGAUUAGAUGAAUCAGGUGUGAGCUGUGGAAUAGUUCACAUAUGGAACAGCUGGGGGGUCAGGUGGGGGUCCCCCCGAGGAAAGUUUUGAAAACCCCUGGGUUAGAUCAACUUCCAAAUGACUGACUUGCCGUACACCAUUGUUCAUUUCUUUAAUUCAGUCAGGUGGCAACUGCCUUGGUAAUGUGAUAUUACAGGAAAUAAUUAAUUUGCCUAUAUUCUAAUAAGAGUAUCACCCCAAUAAAUGAA